CACCCCUGGCGCGGUGGAGAACCCUGAGCCCGGCCGGCGCCAUGCAGAAGGCGGGGCUGGUGCUGAGUGCUUGUGCCCGGACGUGGAAAUCGGUGCGGAUGGCCAGCUCCGGGGUGGCGCGCCGGAACCCGCUUGAGAAUAAGGUGGCCCUAGUCACGGCCUCCACUGAUGGGAUCGGCUUGGCCAUCGCCCGGCGUCUGGCUCAGGAUGGGGCCCACGUGGUGGUCAGCAGCCGGAAGCAGGAGAACGUGGACCGGGCAGUGGCAGCACUGCAGGGGGAGGGGCUGAGCGUGACAGGCACCGUGUGCCACGUGGGGAAGACGGAGGACCGAGAGCGGCUGGUGGCCACGGCUGUGAACCUUCAUGGGGGCGUGGACAUCCUGAUCUCCAAUGCUGCCGUCAACCCUGUCUUUGGAAACAUAAUGGAUGUCACCGAGGAGGUGUGGGACAAGAUUCUGGACAUUAACGUGAAGGCCACGGCCCUGCUGACAAAGGCAGUGGUGCCAGAGAUGGAGAAACGAGGAGGUGGCUCAGUGGUGAUCGUGGCCUCCAUAGCCGCCUACAGCCCAUUUCCUGGCCUGGGAGCUUACAAUGUUAGUAAAACAGCGCUGCUGGGCCUCACCAAGAACCUGGCCAGAGAGCUGGCCCAAAGGAACAUUAGGGUGAACUGCCUGGCACCUGGACUCAUCAAGACUAGCUUCAGCCAGUUGUUGUGGAUGGGCAAGGAAAGAGAGGAGAGCAUAAAAGAAUUCAUGCAGAUCAGAAGGUUAGGCAAGCCCGAAGACUGUGCAGGCAUCGUGUCUUUCCUGUGCUCUGAAGACGCCAGCUACAUCACUGGGGAGACGGUGGUGGUGGGUGGAGGGGCCCCUUCCCGCCUCUGAGAACCUGGAGAGCAUCCACCAGGGCAGAGAUUGGGCUCCAACUCCUGGGUCCUGUUCCAGUAUUCAUCAACUGGCCUUUCCCACCUCUGCCUAGCAUACUGCUCACCUUACACCAUACUCCCCAAAGUCAAUUCUGCCGUGUAAAAAGAUCCAGUGUUCUCUGCGGUCAAGGUGUGGUCUUAUGAGGAUUCCCACAGUUGCUGUAGUCUUGGAUAAAGGCUUCCCCUGAGAGCACAGGACAGGCCUGCUGUGAGGGCGGAGUCUGCCUUGUCGAAACCAACUAAUUUUUUUUUUUCUGGGCAUCAGGGAAUUGAGGGCGAUGAGAGAGAAGGAAUCAGGAGUAGAUGAAACAGGGUUGAAAAUUAAGAACUUGCUGCAAAUGAGGUGCAAAUAAAAAUGCAAAUGAUCA